AUGUUCAGCCCAGCCCUUCGCCGCGCUCUGGUGCAGAAGACCACGGUCGCCCCAGUUGCUGCUCGCAGCUUUGCAGCAGCACCUCUCAAGAAGGUCAUCUUCACGGCCCACGGUGAGGCGGAUGCUGGCACCCGCGAGGGUAACGUGAAGUCAUUCGGUGAGCACCACGGUAACUUGAGCUUGAAGCUCGAGAAGCACCCAGCGCACGGCGGCAAGGGCGGCGGCACCAACCCAGAGGAGCUCUUCUCUCUUGGGUACGCAGCGUGCUUCAACGGCGCCUUGCGCUUGUGUGCUGAGAAGAACGGCAUCAAAAUCGGUGAUAGCACAGUUCAAGCUGCCACCAGCCUGGGCGUUGUUUCCGAAGAGAUGACCGCAGGGGUGCCUUUGCGUGUGGGCUUGGCUGUGAAACUCGAUGUCGAGAUCGCGGGCGUCGAUGAUGCCACAGCACAGAAGUGCGCUGACCUCGCCCAUGAAUUCUGCCCCUACUCGCGCGCCACGAGGGACAACAUCACUGUGGAGGUCAGCGCCAAGGGCAAGUAA